UCCAGCCUGAGCAUAACAGAGUUUUUGGCAUUACGUCCUAUGAAUGGCACAACUACAGGACAAGAUCUGUAUGAAGAGGUAUCCAGAUGUGUAAAUGAGAUGGGGCUGCCUUGGGAAAAACUCGUGGGAUUGACAACAGACGGAGCACCCGCCAUGUGUGGACACAGGAGUGGAUUGGUGGCAAGGAUGCGUGAGAGGAUGCAGGAGGAAAACGUCACAGAUAAGCUGACAGCUUAUCACUGUAUAAUACACCAGAAGUCGUUGUGUGGCAAAGCCUUGAAAAUGGAACAUGUAAUGAGCACCAUAACGCGAGCAGUUAACUUCAUCAAAGCCAAAGGUUUAAAUUACCGCCAGUUCAAGGCAUUUCUGGGCGAGUUAGAUACAGAGUAUGGUGACUUGCCCUAUCACACAGAUGUGCGAUGGCUAAGCCAGGGAAAGGUGCUGCAAAGAUGUUUCGAGCUGCGUGAGGAGAUCUGUCUGUUCAUGGAAAGCAAAGGGAAAGACACAACAGAGCUCCGAGAUGAAACGUUUCUGUGUGAAAUGGCGUUUCUGUGCGACAUCACGAGCCAUCUGAAUGUGAUGAACCUGCAGCUGCAGGGACGGGGGCGUGUCAUCUCUGAUAUGUACAGUACAGUGAAGGCGUUCAAAACCAAGCUGAGUCUGUGGGAGACGCAGAUGCGGAAAGAAAACUUGAGCCACUUUCCCAGCUGCCAGACCAUGAAAGAGAAGCUCUCUACCGCUGUGUUCCCGAGUGCACAGUUUGCUGAUAAACUCAACAGACUUGCCGCCGACUUCCGACGCCGAUUUGCUGACUUUGAAGCCCAAAAAAGCAGGUUUGAACUGCUCGGCAAUCCUUUUGCAGUUGACGUGGAAAGCGCACCACCAAACCUACAAAUGGAGUUGAUUGAGCUCCAGUGCAAUGACACACUGAAGGAAAAAUAUGAGAGAAUGGGUGCUGCUGAGUUUGCACGUUUCAUCACAAUGCCCCAGCUGCGCAUCCAAGCUGCUCAGACGCUCUCUAUGUUUGGCAGCACAUACCUGUGUGAACAACUGUUCUCUUUGAUGAAG